AUGUUCCAAUUGCAGAGCAAGCAAAUUGAGGUACACAUUUCAGAUGAAUAUGAAAAAAAGAUUGACCGUAUCGAGGAUCGGCUCGCGGGCAUUGAAGCCGUCCUCGAGAAACUCACAGUCAAACUUGAGAAUAUAGAUCUACGCAAAGAUAGUCCUGAGCAAGGCAGUCAGGGCCGCUCCUACAAAGCGAGCAGAAGCCCAAAUUCGAUUGCCGAAGUGCAGGUGGGCACACCAGCUGCAUUCGAGGGCGAGACUACCAUGCACACCCAAUCCAGCUUUGCACGAGAGGUGCUUGAGAAGGCCAUUGGGAGCACACCCUCCAUCAGCCAAAACGCCGAGAUCAAGGCCACGCUUAACUCCUUGCAAGACAUGGUAGGCAGGCAGAAUGUUCUCACGUCUGCCUCCACCGAAGCAGCUGCAUUCUUCGAGAAAAGGUUAUCUGAGAAUGAGGCAACAAACUUGGACCGGCCGCCAUGGGAUAUCGUGGAGAGCAUUCUAGAUCGAGCAGCUACGCAACCAACUAUGUGCCUCGCUGUCAUAUUCCCGUUCCUGAACUUGCAGAAUGUGAAAACUAUGAUGCGAGAAGUAUAUGAUACCCCCGAGGAAUGCUCACCAUGCCGCCGAAUUUUCUGCUAUGGAGUCUUGUAUAAUCUCUUCACUGAGUUCGUAUACUAUGACAUUCCUCAAUCCGAGAUGGAAGAUUACCCAGAGUACACACGCCGAAGUCGAGUGCAGAUGGAGAUGGGCAUGAGCCAAUUAGACCUGCUAAUCCCAGCCUCAUACGAGAACAUUCAAGCACUUCUGAUGGCGGCAUCCUAUACAGUAGAAAUAGCAAAACCAUCUCUAUGCUGGAUCAUGAACUCUACAGCCAUCGGACUUGCUACUUCUCUGGGCUAUCAUCGCAUAUCGUCCAUGAAAGAUGACAGUGCAGAGGAACGUGCAGCAAAGAUACACAGCUUCUGGUUUAUAUACACUCUAGACAAAAUGCUUUCUCUUCGGCUGGGCCGUGCUUCAUUAAUUCAAGACUGGGACAUGUCAUUACCAUUCGUCGUACCUGGCGAGUUGGGCCGCUCCGCCAACUAUCUCAAAGGAUUCGAAAUACAGGUAUACUGGAUAAAAGUCGCGCAGAUACAGGGUCGUAUAUACGAACAGCUAUUCAGUCCUGCAUCAUUUCUAAGACCUCAUGAGGAGAGAGCACGUAUCGCUACGGAGCUCGUGGACGCCAUGAAUCAAGCUUGGUCAGAACGUGGCAACGGCAGCAUCAUCGAUUUCGUCGACCGCGGCUACCGCCACCGCCCCCCCUCUGCCCCGUCCAGGUCUAACAAUCGUGGCCCGCCAAUCCCGGAGUUCAAUGCAGGGGGCACUCCAGGCAUACAGCCAUCGGCUUCGCAUAGCUCACCAUUCAGUACUGCAUCAUCCAGAAAGGGAUGCGUAGACUUUGAUGCUAUUGGGGACGUUUUCUACUACUCAGAUGUGGUUCUCCACUACUCUAACACGUCACUCAUCCAGCGCGCCAUGAGUGCGGACAAUGUUAGCUUCAGUGAAGAGUGUCUGGAAUCAUCUCGAGCUGCUUUGAGUGCUCACCAAUCGUGCAGUAAGCAAUUCAAUCACAAAGGAAACGAGGUCUUGUGGACGGGCUAUGUUCAUUGGGCAAUCUUGCAAGCACCAUUCACACCCUUCAUCGUCUUGUUCACAAACGCAGUUACACAUUGCCAUGAGCAGGAUCUGUACUCUCUCUCGGAGUUUGUCCUCUCUCUUGAGACAUGCAGGAGUACCUCUGAAGGCGCUGAUAAACUAUACAAAAUGUGCCACCUAUUCUUGCUGGUAGCAAAACAUUACAUUGAAGCGAAGACCAAGGAAGCUGAGGCCCAUCGAUCUACCGCCGACCCAGUGGGCUUCUACGGAACACAACGCGCCCAGAACGACUUCAGCGGGAUCAACGUUAAUCAAUUCGAUCCGUAUUUGAGUGCGCUUGGCCUAGCACCGAACACGACAUGGCCCGUUACAUCGUACGCUGCAGAAUCAAGUGAUCAUCUAAACGCGUUCGAUGGAGUUGCAAUGGGACAGAACACGGUCCAGGAUUGGUUUUCCGGUAGCCGGUAUAUCAUGGGUCUGAUGGAAGGGGACGAUAUCAGCAUGCCAGACAUUACCCUACCACGCAAUAUGUGAGCAAUAUCUCGACUGCGUCGGAUUCACUUGCGAUACAAAGCUGUCACGGGAUCAGGAUGGGCUUUUCUACAAUUCAUACCUCGGAAAUUGUAGCUCUGUGGCACACUUGGCCAUUGAGGCAGUUGUUGCCACCAACAAUGACAAUUUUCCUGUUUUGGUAGAUCUGCCCAGGGGUUGCUCGAUGUGAUCGCGACCUCACGUGCCU